AUGCGCGUUAUAUCGUCUACAUGGUGCGUGCUGCUGCUGCUGCUGCUAGCGAUUGCGGUAACCGCGUCGCAUGAGCCGCGCUUCCACGUGCGUCCCCCCACCAAUUGGGUCAGCGGCCCCAGCGGGCUUUACUUUGACCCCUUUACACUAAAGACACACCUGUACAUGCAGUACAACCCGUACGACUCGGUGCAGGGUAAUACAAGUUGGUACCACUUCACCUCCUAUGACUCUGUGAAGUGGCAGGAUCAAGGCAUUGCACUGAAGAAUGAUAAUGAAUACGAUCGCAGAGGUGCGUACAGUGGAACCAUCACGGAUGGCGAUUAUGGGUCACCUGUUGUAAUGUAUACGUGUGUUGCAGAUGGUGACGUGCAGCGACAAUGCAUUGCUUUACCAAACAAGAAGGAUGCUCAAUCUGGUCGCAAGCGUUCGCUCAACUCGUUUGUUAAGCUUCCUACAAAUCCUGUAUUGACAGAGAAGGAUGUGCCUGGUCUUGUUGGGCUGAACAACUUUCGUGACCCCACAGGUUGGUGGGGUAACCCUGAUAACACAUCAGAGUGGCUGGUGGCUUUCGCAGCCAGUGUUAAAAAUUCAGCUGGUGUACCUGAAGCGCAGGUUGUUGUUUUCGCU